AUGGAAGAGAUGUCCUGGUCGGCGGCGAGCCUCCCGGAGGAGCUCCUCGUGGAGAUCCUGGCGCGGGUGCCCUACAGGUCGCUGUGCCGCUUCAGGUGCGUGUCGCCGUCGUGGCGCGCCCUCUGCUCCGACCCCGGCCUCGUCAGGCGGUCGCUGCAGACCCUCUCCGGCUUCUUCUGCCACGCCCUCCACAACCACCACGACGUGCGUUUCCUCAACUUCCCGGGCGGCAGUUCAGGCCGUCGGCCCCUGGUCGACCCGUCCUUCCCUUUCCUUCGCGGCGGCGGCUAUACCCAUGGCUUCAUACUCGUGGAUUGCAGCGGUGGCCUCCUCUGCGGGUGCUUCACGUCGCCCACCCCGUCAUCUUCGUUGGACAUAGAUUAUCUCGUGUGCAAUCCGGCAACCGAGGAGUGGACUGUGCUUCCUCGCACACAACAUAUGAACCUGCAGAGCAUCAUACGUCUGGGCUUCGACCCGGACGAUCCCUGCGGCUUCACGGUGUUUUUGUUCGAGCAGGAUCUCUAUGAUGGCGGCACGCUCACCGGACUGAAGAUCUACUCGUCCGAGACCAGAACAUGGGCUUCCAAGCAGAUUGGGUGGAGUCAAGGAAUUCAUUUGGAUAAUUCCGAGGAAUCAGUGUCUGUCUUUAUGAAUGGUGUGCUGCAUUUGCAUUUGCCGGCCAACAAUACUUUGAUCGUCACGUGGACAUGGACGGCAAGACUUGGCAGGCAUUUUGGAGGCCAUCCUUUGGUCAUGGCAUCGGGAGGUCUCAAGGACGCCUGCACACUAUAG